ACCUCCGAAGCUUUCCUUCAACUCUUUUAUAAUCUAGAGAGAGGAAACCUUUCUUCUCUCCACAAUUUCUCUCUCUUCCUUUCCUCUAAACCCUAUCGCAACCUUUCAAUCCAACCUUACCAAUGGCGAACAGUAAUCUUCCCCGAAGAAUCAUCAAGGAAACUCAGCGUCUUCUGAGUGAACCAGCCCCUGGGAUCAGUGCUUCGCCAUCAGAAGAUAACAUGCGAUAUUUUAACGUCAUGAUUCUUGGCCCGACCCAGUCACCCUAUGAAGGAGGUGUUUUCAAAUUGGAAUUAUUCUUACCUGAAGAAUAUCCUAUGGCUGCUCCCAAGGUUCGAUUUCUCACAAAGAUUUAUCAUCCGAAUAUUGACAAGCUUGGGAGGAUAUGCCUUGAUAUUCUGAAAGACAAAUGGAGUCCAGCUCUACAGAUACGAACUGUACUUUUGAGUAUUCAAGCUCUUCUGAGUGCUCCAAACCCAGAUGAUCCACUUUCCGAGAACAUUGCCAAACAUUGGAAAACGAAUGAGGCGGAAGCUGUUGAAACAGCAAAGGAAUGGACUCGAUUAUACGCAAGUGGUGCCUAAAGGAAAGUGCAGAAGGCUUUUACUCUUUUCGGUUUAAUAACAUGAAUCUAAUGUCUCUAUGGUGCCAUUUGGUGUGGAUUUUAAUGAAAUAUUUGGAAGAAUUUACAGUGUCAAAAUUGUCUCUAAAAUUGUAACGAUCUCUAAAAUUGCGUCUCUUUUGGCAGGAGUCUGUGCCCCCAUACUUUGUAUGAUGAUAUGAUUAGAUGAAUUACAUUCUUCUCUUAAGUUCU